UAUACAGAAAACUUUUUGCUCCAUCCUCACAUGGCGGAUCUCUUCUCCUCUUCCUCCUCGAAACCAACUUCUUCAUCAUCUUCUUCGUCAAGGCUUUUCUUACUCAUCACCUUUCUUCCUCUUUCCUUAGCCUGCUUCGCCUUCCUCCUCCAAUGGCGAGGCGGAAUCAACGAUUCGGUUACGCAGUGGUUCGAAGAUAACUACAAACUCCCCGGGAUGUCCACCGUCGUCGAGAAAGGAACCCUUCGCACUGAUUCGAGCUGCGUUUCUCUUCUGGGUCAGAGCCGUACACAAUCGUUUCCUUAUCUCCGACAUUGGAAGCUUCCUCACAAGCCAGAUCUUAAACCUAAGAUAUGUAUAACGACGAGUACUUCUGCUGGGUUAGAGCAGACACUGCCAUGGAUUUUCUUUCACAAGGUCAUUGGAGUUUCAACAUUUUAUCUAUUCGUUGAAGGCACUGCUGCUUCCCCAAAUGUCUCUCGAGUUUUGGAGACCAUCCCUGGUGUAAAUGUUAUAUACAGGACAAAAGAAUUAGAAGAAGAGCAAGCUAAAAGCCGGAUUUGGAAUGAGACUUGGUUGGCGAAGUUUUUCUACAAACCGUGUAAUAACGAAUUAUUCGUGAAACAAAACUUGAAUAUGGAAAUGGGUAUCACUAUGGCAAGGGAUGCUGGUAUGGACUGGAUACUGCAUCUUGACACUGAUGAGCUUGUACAUCCUUCUGGAACCCGUGAAUAUUCCUUGAGAAAUUUGCUCCGAGAUGUUCCUGCAGAGGUGGAUGAAGUUAUCUUUGCAAACUACGAGAGCAGUGUUGAGCGAGCUGAUAUCAAGGAACCUUUCUCUGAGGUAUCAAUGUUCAAGAAGAAUUUUGCACAUCUUCCUAAAGAUGUUUACUUUGGAAACUAUAAAGAGGCAACUCGUGGUAAUCCGAAUUAUUUUCUAACCUAUGCAAAUGGGAAAUCUGCUGCGCGGAUUCAAGAUCAUCUUCGGCCCAAUGGUGCUCAUCGAUGGAACAACUACAUGAAGUACCAAAACGCCAUGGAACUACCCGAAGCUGCGAUUUUGCAUUAUACUUACUCAAGAUUUUCAGAUCUUACUUCAAGACGUGAUCGAUGUGGCUGCAAACCAACUAAAGAAGAUGUGAAGAGAUGUUUCAUGCUAGACUUUGACAGAGCUGCCUUCAUCAUUGCUUCAACUUCAACUUCAGAGGAAAUGCUACAAUGGUACAGAGAAAGAGUUGUAUGGACUGACGAAAGUUUGAUCCUAAAACUUCUUAGGAAGGGAAUCCUGACUCGCAUUUAUGCGCCAAUGGUUAUAAUCCAAGAGCUAAAAGAAGCAGGUGUUUUCAGCUCAGUGGUAACUUCAGCUCACAUGUCUCUCACAAGAGAUAGUAACAACUCUUCAACCUCAAGUAUUACUAGAAAAUCAUCUCAAGCAACUACGAGGAAAGUGUUAAGAGCUUACAGGCAAAGACAGUGGACGCGUGCAUGUACGCGCGCGCGAGUGAAAUUAGAAAUCGCGUUUGUGAAAAGACGCUCUUUUUUUGGCGGUUCUUUUCUUCCCCCUUCUCCUCUCUCUCUCUCUCUCGCUUGGUGUGCCCUUAAUUCGAUGAACAAGGUUCUUCAGUUAGGUCUCCAAAGCUCCGUCGUUAAUGUCGCCAAGUUUCUGGUGGUACCUCUUAGGGGUUUAAGAGCUGGUUCAUCCAUUGUUGGUGUUAGAGUAGAAACAAUAAGUAUCAACAAGAGGCUUAUGUCAAAUGCUAUUGUUAAAUCUUUACCUUUCUCUAUCAGCAACAACACAAGAAACGAACUCAAGAUAGUUGCAGCAGCAGCUACUGAUCAGAAUUGCAAUCAGAUGGGAAGUGAUAGUGAUAGAGAUGCAAUGGGGAAUCUUCAAAAUGAUCAAAAGGAAAUUGAGGCGAUGACAGUUCAAGAACUUAGAACCACAUUAAGGAAACUUGGCCUACCUGUAAAAGGGCGCAAACAAGAACUUAUCUCAACGUUACGACUUCAUAUGGACAGCAAUUUACCGGUUUCAGAUGGAAGCUCUGGUUCAGAACAAAAGGAAACUACUUCUUCCACCCGUUCAGAAAGUGUCACGAUCAAAAGAAAGAUCAGAAACAGGGAAGAGCCUACUGAAGAUGAAUGCAUUAACUGUGAAGCUUCUGGCAUUGGACAGAAAAGAGUAAAACAGUCUACUGAGAAAAACUCGAAAGCUAAAGUUUCUUCAAAAGCUAUCUCCAAAGAACGGAAGUCAAUGACGAAAACAGGUAAACAGCAAUUUCAGUCAAAAGAGGAAGCAUCAUCAACUCUCUCUAGUGAAUUUGUGACAACCGAAGAAAUUAUAUCAUCUCCGAGUCAAAGUGAACCGUGGACUGUACUGGCUCAUAAGAAGCCUCAGAAGGACUGGAAAGCUUAUAACCCGAAGACUAUGAGACCUCUCCCUCUACCAGAGGGAACCAAGUGUGUGAAAGUUAUGACUUGGAAUGUAAAUGGAUUGAGAGCAUUGUUGAAAUUAGAGAGCUUCUCUGCUCUGCAGCUUGCCCAAAGAGAAAACUUCGAUGUCUUGUGCUUGCAGGAGACUAAACUCCAGGAGAAGGAUGUUGAGGAUAUUAAGAAAACUCUUAUUGAUGGCUAUGAUCAUAGUUUCUGGUCCUGUAGCGUCUCAAAACUUGGUUACUCUGGAACUGCAAUAAUCUCACGGAUAAAACCACUCUCAGUUAAAUAUGGUACCGGUCUAUCUGGAUCAGAUCAUGACAUGGAAGGGCGCAUUGUAACUGCUGAAUUCGACUCCUUCUACUUAAUAAAUACUUAUGUCCCUAAUUCCGGAGAUGGCUUAAAAAGACUGGCAUACAGGAUCGAAGAAUGGGAUCGAAUCCUCAGCGAUUACAUCAAAGAGCUGGAGAAGUCUAAGCCUGUAAUCUUGACGGGUGAUCUAAAUUGUGCUCAUGAGGAAAUAGACAUCUUCAAUCCCGCGGGGAACAAAAGAAGUGCUGGUUUUACAAUAGAAGAAAGGCAAUCCUUUGGUGCAAACUUCUUAGACAAGGGCUUGGUAGAUACCUUUAGAAAGCAACAUCCUGGUGUCAUCGGUUACACCUAUUGGGGUUAUCGCCAUGGUGGCCGUAAAACAAACAAAGGAUGGAGACUGGACUACUUCUUGGUGUCCGAAUCGAUCGCAGCAAAGGUCCAUGAUUCGUACAUCCUCCCUGAUAUUAAUGGGAGUGAUCAUUGCCCCAUAGGCCUAAUUCUCAAGCUCUGAUUUAUCCCGGGCUUCAUCGUUCCUAGUUUUUUUUUUGGUUAAAGUUGUAAUGGCCUUUAGGGAGAGAUUCACAUGUUUUGCUUCAACAUAGAGAACUUAUGGUUAUGUGGAUCCUUGAUGUGUAUGAUACGUUCCUUGUUUUAUAAGUGAAGGCAUACUCUCAAUUA